AGGAACCUGAAUUGUAUAAAGUGUAUAAGGGGAGAGUUUCUAGUGUAAUGGACACAGGUUGUUUUGUUCAGCUGGAUGAGUGCAGAAGGAAGGAAGGAUUAGUUCAUGUUUCACAGAUGGCAACUCGGAGGGUUGCAAAUGCAAAAGAUUUGGUGAAGAGGGAUGAGGAGGUAUACGUGAAGGUAAUUUCAGUGAGUGGGCAGAAAUUGAGUUUGUCUAUGAGGGAUGUUGACCAGAAUACUGGAAAGGAUUUGCUACCACUGAAGAAGAGCUUAGAUGAUGAUGGUUUGAGGGAAAAUCCAUCUGGAGUAAAUAUGGAAGGGACUAGGACGAGAAUUGGGCUUUCAGGGAUUCGGAUCACA